UCCACUACUCAUAUAUACACACCUAUCUUCCUUGUUUUGCAUUUUCUGCACAACAUUUUCUCCACAUAUAUGUUCUUAUUUGUUACUAAAAUCAAUUGAUACUGGUUCAUUUAAUAGUUGGGAAGCAAUGAAAGAAACUAGUGACACUAAUUCUGAAGAUUGGAAGACAAUUAGCUACGAUAACAUCGACAAGGAAGAAGAUGGAGGAGGAUCAGAAGAGAAAUUAGUUUGUGCGAGGAAGAAUGGAGGAAUUAGCUCGAGCAACAGCACGGUGGAAGAGAGCGAAAAGAGUACCAAGGGAGCGUCAGGAUCGGUGAGGCAGUACAAUCGAUCCAAGAACCCUAGGCUUCGCUGGACGCCUGAUCUUCACCGUUGCUUCAUUCAGGCCGUUGACAAGUUAGGAGGACAAGAACGCGCUACACCUAAAUUGGUACUUCAGAUGAUGAAUAUUAAAGGCCUCAGCAUCUCUCAUGUAAAGAGUCAUCUUCAGAUGCACAGGAGCAAGAAAAUGGAAGACCCGGAUGAAGUUCUAUCGGAGCCAGGGCUUCUAGGUACCAGAGAUUAUAAUCAUCAUAUUUAUAACUUUAGCCAGCUUCCGAUGCUUCAAGGUUCCGGUCAUAGCCCUAAUUCCCGAAGAUACGCGAAUGAACCUUGGAGUCGACAUAACAAUCCAACUUACACAUCUUUCAUGGGAGGAUUCGGGUCAAGCAGUUUCAAGCAAAGCCUUCUCCAGCCAAUGCCUGCUAAAAAUAACUUCGGAACUGCAGGCAGCACAAGCCAUACAUUAGGCUUUGAUUUUUACAGGACUAAUCUUUCAUUCAGUGCCGAGGAUCAACCUAGAGUAUGCAGAAAUCAAGAAUCGUUUCGAAGCCAUCUAAUUCAACUUAACAUGCAUAAAGAACAGCAAGAUAGAGGGGGAAACAAUGAAGUGAUCACACCAAAGGCACAAAAAAGGAAGGCUGCAGAAAAUUCAGAUUCCGAACUUGAUUUGAACUUAUCACUAAAACAACCCGAAAAACAGGAAGCAAAUGAUAAAUUGGAGGCUAGUAGUUUAUCCCUUUGUUUGUUUUCAUCGUCAGCUUCAAAUUGUACAAGUAGAUUAGAAGAAAGAGACAUGAGUAUUACUGGUAAAAAGCAUGCAAGAAGAAUGGCAAGUAGUCUGGAUCUGACUUUGUGAAAUGAGACAAAUUUCUGAGUGAGAUUUCGUGCUACUCAAAAGAUAAGACAUACGGAUCAUCAGGAUUGUCAUGUGCCGAUAUAAUAUAUAAUUAAGGGAUGAAUUGGACUCC